AUGCAGAACAUAUAUAAGAAGAAAAAUAACAAGAAUGGACAUUAUUCCCACCCUGAUCUCUGUUGCAUUGCAAAGAUGAGAGGUGGAUUUGUUUUAGUCCUCUCUCUUUUGUACCUCGUAGCUUCUGUACAAUGUUACGGUGGGAGAGGCUAUGACCCUAUUGGAAAAUUUAUUAAGGAUCGACGCUCAAAAAGAUCAGUCAACAAUCCUACCAAGGAUCUAGUGUUGACUAAUUAUUCACCAGUUUAUGUAGCACCUCAGGAGGGAAUAAAGGAACUUGACAAGAUAUUAUCUUUGCCUGGACAACCAAAGGUUAAUUUUUCUCAGUAUUCUGGGUACGUAACUGUUGAUCCUACGGCUGGCCGAGCACUCUUUUACUAUUUUAGUGAAUCUGAAGACCCUUCCAACAAACCACUGGUGAUGUGGCUAAAUGGAGGACCUGGCUGCUCUUCAAUAGGAGCUGGAGCAUUGACUGAACUUGGACCAUUUCGGGUCAAUCCGGAUGGCAAAACUCUAUGGUAUAACAAAUAUGCAUGGAACAAUGUGGCAAAUGUCCUUUUCUUAGAAUCCCCAGCUGGUGUUGGGUUUUCAUAUUCCAAUACGUCAUCAGAUUAUGUUACUGGGGACUCAAAAACAGCAGCAGAUUCAUAUACCUUUCUAGUUAACUGGCUGGAAAGAUUUCCCGAGUACAAAACCCGUGAUUUCUACAUAACAGGAGAGAGUUAUGCCGGUCAUUAUGUGCCUCAACUAGCUGAUUUAAUCCUCGAAAAUAACAAAAUCACAAAUAAAACUGUCAUUAACCUGAAAGGAAUUGCUAUCGGGAAUGCAUACAUUGACGAUGCAGAUACAAAUGCAGGCACUUUUGACCAUUUCUGGACAAGUGCACUCAUUUCGGAUGAAAUUCAUGAAGGCAUAAUCUCAAAUUGCAAUUUUUCAUCGCCUGCCACUUCAGAAGUCUGUUCCAAUUACACAGAACAAGCCUGGGAAGCCAUAGGCAACAUCUACGGCUAUGACAUUUAUGCGCCCUUGUGCUCUUCCUCUUCAACUGCUCCCGGAGUAUCAAGUUUUGAUCCAUGCUCAGGUGAUUACGUUUUCGACUAUUUAAACACUCCUGAAGUGCAGAAGGCACUUUAUGCUAACAUCACCGGAGUUCCUGGACCGUGGGAAGCUUGCAAUGACUUCAUCGAUAAUAACUGGCAGGAUGCACCAUUUACGGUGUUACCUAUCAUAAAGAAGCUAAUGGCUAGCAGUAUUAGAGUUUGGAUCUACAGUGGAGAUACAGACGGCGUAAUACCAGUUACAGCAACAAGGUAUUCAAUGCCCAAACUUGGGUCGCCUAUAAAGACUCCAUGGUAUCCCUGGGACUCCCAAGGCGAGGUUGGAGGUUACGUAGUUGACUACCAGAAUGUGACAUUUGUGACCAUAAGAGGAUCGGGACAUUUUGUUCCUAGUUACCAGCCUGAGCGCGCGCUCAUCUUCUUCUCGUCCUUCAUUGAGGGAAAGCUUCCUCCAGCACAAGGGUAA